AUGACAAAUACUUCUGAAACUCAUCGAACAAAUUCUAAUAAUCAUAUUGAAGCUUUAGCUUUAUCGAAAGAAUUUAUGUCAAUCACAAAUACGGAUGAUAUAGAUGCAGCUAUGAUGAUAUUAAAACAAAAUGAAUGGAAAAUUGAACAAGCUAUCAGUGCUUAUUUUGAUUUAGAACAAAUGGAUUCUCAUAAAUCAAAUGAUGGUCAAAAUCAGACAUUUCCACUUGAUAAAAGAACAGUAUCGACAAAUAAUGAAUUAUCAAAUGUAAAAACACAGUUUAAACUUCUUUCAUGGAAUAUUGAUGGACUCGAUGAAAAUGCACUUGAAAUUCGAACUCGAAGCAUUGUUAAUAUUAUUAAAAAAGAAGAACCUGAUGCUGUAUUUUUACAAGAAGUCAUUCCAACAUCACUUCAAAUAAUUCGAACAUUUUUACCAGAAUAUAAAUCAUAUAUUGGCAAUAAUCAAGGUUAUUUUGUAGUUAUAUUAAUACGUCAAGACCUAUUUAUAGUACAUGGUUUCGAACUUAUUUCAUAUCCAGGCACGAUGAUGAAUCGAAAUUUACUCAUCGUUCAUGUAUAG